AUGGGGAAAGUAACGUCCACUCCUCUGCUCUUUCAAUCAAAGCUGGUCUGUUUCUCUCUUCUCUACCUCUUCACCUCUCUGUUUUUAGCUCUAUACACCUCUCUCUCCCAAUCCAAAUGCCUCUUCAGAUCUUCACCUUUCGACCCAAUUCAAACCCCUCUCUUCUCCUACCCUCCCAAUUAUGGAGAACACAAGUAUGCAAUCCCAACCCAACGUAAAUCUUGCUCUUCUCGUGUCUAUUUCUCAGAUUACUGGAAGGUCUUGAAGGAGAUCCAGAAUUUGUGCAAGACUUCUUCGUGGAAUUCAUCGGGUUUGAGGUAUAUGCAGGGGAAGUCUGAGACUUUUGGAGGAAAUUUCAGUACCCAAAAUAGAAUAUCUUAUUUUGUUCAUUACAAUGAGAGCACUGAAGUCCCUUGUGGGCUCCUAAGAAAAUUUCCAGUUAAUGAUUCUGAUAGAGCUGCCAUGGAAGAGUGUAAAGGACUUGUAGUAGUCUCGGCUAUAUUCAAUGAUCAUGAUAAAAUAAGACAACCUAUGGGGAUUGGAUCGAAAACCCUUGAGAAUGUAUGUUUCUUUAUGUUUAUAGAUGAGGUAACCCUCAAAGGAUUUUAUCAGCAUCACUUGAUUCCAGAAAAAUCCGAUAACUAUAAAAUUGGUGUAUGGAGAACUGUCAAGGUUUUGAGCAAGGGAUUGUACGAGAAUCCGGCAAUGAAUGGUGUGAUACCAAAGUAUUUAGUUCAUAGACUUUUCCCACACGCCAAAUACAGCAUUUGGGUGGAUGCAAAAAUGCAGCUGAUGGUAGAUCCAUUACUUUUGAUUCAUACCCUUGUUGUGAAAGAGAACGCUGACAUGGCGAUUUCAAAACACCCUUACUAUGUUCAUACUAUGGAAGAAGCAAUGGCGACGGCGAGGUGGAAGAAAUGGUGGGACGUUGAUGGAUUGAAGAGGCAAAUGGAGACUUACUGUGAGAAUGGUUUGGUGCCCUGGACUCCUGAUAAGCUUCCAUAUCCCUCAGAUGUACCAGAUAGUGCUGUGAUUCUGAGGAAACAUGGACUGAGGAGCAACCUAUUCUCCUGCCUAUUGUUUAAUGAGAUGGAGGCAUUUAACCCAAGAGACCAAUUAGCCUUUGCAUAUGUGAGAGACCUCAUGAGCCCAAGGCUGAAGCUGAAUAUGUUUUCAGUUGAAGUGUUUGAGCAAAUUGCUGUAGAAUACAGGCACAAUCUUAAGCCUGGAGCUGGUACCAGUGAAGGUGAAUCUAAAGGAGAACCCAAAACUAAAAAGACCAGAAGGGCAGGCAAUGAUUUGUUGUAUGUCAAUGGCAGCUGUUGCAGUAAGUGUCAAAGGUAUCUGUUGGAGAUGUGGGGGGAAUCCCCUGGUUGAUGUUGUCUGUACCAGAAACUCAGAAAGGUAAUAGAAAAGGAAUAAACAAGAGAAGGGAGGGGCAAGGAGAGCAGAGUACAUAGAAGAGAAUAGAAAAUAAGACAAAGGCCGAGCAACUACUUUGGAGGCUUUUAACAACAUAUACAGUGACAAGUUGAUAAAGGCAUUUUCUUUCUUGUAAAUGUGAUUGUUCUUUUUGGUGGGUGUUGUUGACAGGUCAUGUAAUUCUGUAGUGAAAUCAUGCUGCCAAAAUAUUUGAACUCUUGAAUCAUGGAGAGAUUCUGCAUUUAAAUCGC